AUGGAAGAAGACGAAGAGAAAUUAGAGGAAGCAGUGAAGUUAAUGGAAAAUCACUUAAAAGCAAAAAAGGCAAUUCUACAGGAAGUUUUAGAGACCGUUGAGACUGAAAAGGAUAAAAAGACAAGCACAAAAAGAAGAAAAUAUAUUCGAGAUAUUCUCAAUUGUGAAGUCACAUUUCCCUCCACCGUAAAUGAUAUAUUUUCAAUUGACCCAAUCGAUUCGUUUCGUUUCGAACACCACGUCGUCGCUAGAUUCUCCAUCAGAAGCCAUGUAGCAGAAGGAGAUUUAUUGAUUACUGUAACAAGUUGUUCAAGUUCAGUUCGAUGGAUUCUUUUUGACACUGAAUCUUCUACUGAGCCGUGUUCCGUUAUAGGUUCUAAUAAUUCUGGAAUCCUUUGUGUCGCCAUUCCAUUCUCGGACCUCUUCCAAGACGACAAACUGCGUCUGAAUAUUCAUGGGAAAAUCACAAAGAAAAAGAUUAAAAUAUUCACUUUCAAUUUUUAUUCUAUAAUUGAGAAAAAUCAAAGCGCAGAAGCUCCCCAAGAAGCUGUCACUUCCGCAUCAUUAUCUCUGUCAGAAGCAUCGGAGGAGUUCGAUUUGAGGUCCAUCGAAUUUAUGGAUGAGAAAAAAGCCAUCCGCAUCGUUCAAUCGAUUUUCCUGCUUUUCAGUCAAUUGGAAAUUGAAAACGCUGCUUUCGAAUUUUCGACCUUCCGACGCCAUUUUCCGGGUUUUCUGGAGAAUGAUUUUGAUACGUGGCGUUUGUAUGUGGGUACGGAUCGGUUUGAUGGAGUUCUAGUUUACACAAAGACGGAAGACGAUUCGACGAAGAAUCUAGUGAUUGGGAAAACUGCAUCAACUUGUUUCAAAUUUAUGAAUGCUCUAAAUGCCAAAUGUUGA